AUGGAAAAUGAAAGGUUUUACAUUAAAUAUCUGGACUACCAGCCAGUGGAAAUCGAAACUCACUUCAAUGGAGAACUAGAAAGAAGAAGACCACUGACUGACGUUGGUGACUUGGUUGCUGCUUACAAGACUGCUGCCACUCCCCUCCUUGGUGCUAUAGACCCUGACGAGCUCACCAUUCAUUAUGUGGUCAAUGGGGUGGAGACCAACUACAACUCCUGGGACCCCAUUUCUGCUCUCGGAACAAAUGGGACUGUUGGGUCCAAUCCACUGAUUAUUCGCUCUCUAAGAGAUACUAUCACUAUGGACGAGCAUAUGGUUUGGUCUCUUCCUGAACCGGUGUAUGACAAUCCUGUGUCAAGACCCAACACCUCUGGCAGAAUUUGGAAGAAGCCGACACAUGUUUUCCUGUGGUCUGAUUUUAAGCAAAGCGUUGUUGAUUGGAUUGGUGCUAAUCAUCAUCAGCAUUCUCAAAGAGUACAAAGACCUGUGUUUGUUUCUGGAAUUAUCAUCACCGAAGAAGUUCAAAGUCUUCAACCCUUCAUCAAGCUCAAUUUGCUCAAUAUCUCUGCCAAGUGUUUCAUUCCUCCUUCUGAAUUCAAGGCACGACGUCAAAUCACAAGCUGCGUAGGGGAACCAGAUCAUUUAAUGACUAGAGAUGGAGAGGUUGUCACUAUUGUUGAAGAAAAGGGCAAUUGGGCUUUGUCUACUGGUGAUAUCGUCAAUUCAUACGACACAGAAAGGACACGUGCGUCUGCUCUUGACCAACUCUACCACUAUAUGCGAUUGAACCACAGACAAUAUGGGAUUCUGUCGUCAUACGAAAACACCUGGUUUGUUCAUCGAAAUCAAGAAUGUGCCGUUUGUGAAGAACCUCAAGUUCAUGAAACUUUGUAUGUUUCCGAGGGAAUCUCCUUUACUGCUCAAACACCCACUGUUCAACAAUGCUUAUCGUAUUUCAACAGCAUCGUCAAUCACAAUCAUAUGGAUUCUCCCCACGCAUCAAAGCGUCCGUCUAGAGCUAGUUCUGCUACCCAAAUCUCUCGACCAAGUAGUACUAGAGUAUCUCCGCGUGCUAGUCUCUCCAGAGGAUGCAGUUCUUUGUCGUCUGGAAUUCAAAUCAACGAGCAACCCCAAGAUUUUGAUGUUGAUGAUUUCAAAUUCGAUACAGUUCUUGGUGAAGGAAGAAGCAAAGUGUAUUUGGAUUACUAUGGAUCUAGCCGUAUUGCUCUCAAGGUUGCUGAUAUUGCCAAGCACGGAGAAAUGCUUCCAGAAUUGCUGAAUGAGGUUUCUGUGUAUGAACAGCUAUCGGGGCUACAAGGGAAUGGCAUACCUAGAUUCGUUUGUCAUGGGUUUGUGGAGGACGUUCUGUACUGUGUAGGUGUUUCUAUCUGUGGUACGGUGGCCAAUGGAUUCACUGAACAGCAAAAGCAGAAGUUGUUGGAAACACUCGAAAGCAUUCACGAGGCCGGUAUUCUACAUAACGAUAUCAAAAAGGAGAAUAUCUUGAUUGAUGAAUCUGGGAAUCCAUAUAUCAUUGACUUUGGCUUCUCUACACGAAAUUGCUCCCCUGCUGCUCGAAUGGAAGAAACAAACUUGCUCCUUAGUCUGAUUGAAAGUACUUGA